AUGGCGGAUAGAGUCAGUCUCGAUAGGACUGCUCGAAAUGCGAAUCCAGCUGCCACGAUGAAGCCUCUCGAUGACCAAGAGCUGGUUGUAAGCUCUUCGACGCCCAAGCCACAGACGAGAUCAUUGUGGGUCGCUUGGCUCUAUAUCUUUGAUUGGUACCCCAGCCACUACUCCAAGGAAGAGAAGAAGUUGCUUCGAAAGCUUGGUAUAGUUCCACUGAUCCAUAUGUUUGAGGAGAUGCUAAUGACGGUUCUGAGCAGACAGUAUUCUUCUCUCCCUGUGCUGUUUGAUGUGUAUGACUUUGCUGUCAACCUGUCUGUUCGUGUAAAUACUAACAUGAGAGCAGUCUUUUUGAAAUGGCUCGACUCAGCCAAUAUCAACCACGCCUACGUCUCAGGCAUGGAAGAGGACCUGAAACUUACAGGAAACCAAUACUCGCUCUUCGGAACAUUCUACAACAUCGGCUACCUCAUCUUCGAGAUCCCCUCCAUGAUGAUCAUCUCCCGCCCACACCUCACCCGCUGGUAUCUCCCCGCAAUGGAAUGUCUCUGGUCCAUCACGACCUUCGUUCAGUGCAAGCUCCGCAACGAGUACGACAUUUACGGCAUCCGCUUUCUCCUCGGCGUCCUCGAGACCCCGGCCGCCACGGGCGCAAUCUACCUCCUAACCUCGUGGUACCGCAGCGACGAGCUCUUCAAGCGCGCGGGCGUGUGGUACGUCUCGUCCAACAUUGGCGCCAUGUUUGGCGGGUACCUCCAGGCCGCGGCGUACAACAACCUAAACGGCGUCGCCGGCAUGGCCGGCUGGCGGUGGCUUUUUAUCAUUGACGGCAUCAUAAGCUUGCCCAUCUCGAUUGCGGGGUUCUUUCUGUUCCCUGGCUUGCCGACGAGUCCCAAGGUCUGGUGGCUCACGGAUGCGGAGCAGAAGCUUGCUCAGGCGCGGAUGAGAGAUGACGGGGUCAAGGAGAGCAAGAGGAUUGGCAAGAGGAUGCUGAAGCGCGUCUUUACUCAUUGGCACUUUUACCUCGCCGUCUUCACCUACGUCUUCUUCCAAUGCACCUCUUACGUCGCUGGCCAGAUGGCACUCUGGCUCAAGCAUGAGGCCACCCUGCACGGCACCUACACCGUUGCGGAGAUCAACGUCAUCCCCACCGGCGUCCAAGCAAUUUCCAUCGUGGCCGGUGUCGUUGCCACUUCGCUGUGUAUGAUCUACCCCAUCUGGGCCGUCAUGUGCGUCGUGGCGGGUAUCCUCUUCUUCGCGAACGUCUGUCUCCUGAUUUGGGACAUUCCAACUGGGUUGCACUUUGCCGCCUACUACAUGCUUGGAUUGACUAGCUGCUUCACACCAAUCUUCUUCCCUUGGAUCAACAUGAUUAUGAAAGACGACAACGAAGCCAGAGCCUUCACUACUGGUGCCAUGAUGACUUGCGGUUGGAUCUUCUUCAGCUUCUACCCAAUCACGGUCUUCCCAAAGCUAGAGGCUCCCAAAUGGCGGAAAGGUUUCACUGUCAAUACCACGUUCGUAGCCAUCUGGUGGACUCUCUUCAUGCUUGGACAGUACCUCAGCGUUCAGGGCGUCAAAGGAGACGACAUGAUGCAUGUUGAGGUCUCUAGCGAGAAGGACUCCAAGAGUGGUAUGCUUCUGUGUAGUCUCGGAGGAAACAGUGAGCAAUUAAUGAUUCAACCGGCUGAGAAUGCUCUGAGGUGUAUCAGUACUCCGUGCGCUUGUGACGGAGGUGGUUGGUCCCAUGAUCUGGAGCUGCCUGAGAACGGGGCGAAAUGGAAUCCAAUCCAUCUUGACCUCCAAAUUCUGAUUCUUCAUGGAGGCCCGUCGACAAAGCCGCUGCUACGGGGUUCGUCCGUUCAGUACGUGGAGCCUAUAUCCAAACGUAUCAGUAUCACGGCUUUUACUCCCAGUUCUCAAAGACGACAUCAAAUUUUGCAGCGAAAGAAGAAACUCAAGGACUUAGCCUACGUCGUCCACUCGCAACACAUCUACAAUGACAGUCUUUUAUUCAAGUUCCGCUCCGAUGUCUCGGAAGACCACAAAUCCACAUUCGUCCGCGAACUCAAAACCCUCAAAUCCCUCCCCUGCGUCAAAGACCAACGCCUCAUCGUCGGCGGGCCCUCCAUCACGGAUCCCAUCGAGAGGAGCAAAGGCUACCACUUUGCGCUACUGAGCUUUCAUCAAGACCGAGAAGCGCUGGAGACGUAUCAAGCUAGUCCGGAGCAUCACAGAGUAACGAGUACAUAUUUGUGGCCUUUCAAGGAGGAUGUAACCAGAUUUGACUUUGAGGUUGAUCAGGAGGACGAGUACAUGUGCGAGUUUAUGGCCAAAGGGCUGGCAAAUGGAUCGGCGUAG